GUUUCGAGCACUAAUACUACUUGCUAUACAGCUCGAUCUUUAGCUCACUAGCUAUAAGACACUGCACCUCGCUCGAUUACGGUGGCCAGAGGCAUGCAAAUGGAAGAGCAGCAGGGCAGCAGCUGCAUGGUCGCCGAUCCGGUGUCCGCAGUCCUAGUGGCGCUGAUCGCGGCCUUCACCACCGCCGUGGCCUUGCACCACCUCAUCAUCUCCCGGUGGCGCCUGCAGCAGGCCCUCCGGCUGCCCCCGGGCCCGACGAGCCUCCCGGUGAUCGGGCACCUCCACCUGCUCCGGCCGCCGGUCCACCGCACCUUCCAGGAGCUGGCGUCCCGCGCGGGCCCCCUGAUGCACAUCCGCCUGGGCUCCACGCACUGCGUGGUGGCGAGCACCGCCGACGUCGCCGGCGAGCUGAUCCGCGGCCACGAGGGCAGCAUCUCCGAGCGGCCGCUCACGGCGGUGGCGCGGCAGUUCGCCUACGGCUCGGCGGGCUUCGCCUUCGCCCCCUACAACGCACACUGGCGCUUCAUGAAGCGCCUCUGCAUGUCGGAGCUGCUGGGCCCGCGCACCGUCGAGCAGCUACGCCCCAUCCGCCGCGCCGGCGCCGUGUCGCUGCUGCGCGCCGCGCGGGCGGCGGCGGCGCGCGGCGAGGCGGUGGACCUCACCCGCGAGCUCAUCCGCCUCGCCAACACCUCCGUCAUCCGGAUGGUGGCCAGCACCGUGCCCGGGAGCGUCACCGACGAGGCGCAGGAGCUGGUCAAGGCCGUGGCCGAGCUCGUCGGCGCCUUCAACGUCGACGACUACAUCGCCCUCUGCCGCGGCUGGGACCUCCAGGGCCUCCGCAGGCGAGCCGCCGCCGUCCACCGCCGCUUCGACGCGCUGCUGGAGGAGAUCCUCAGGCACAAGGAGGAGGCCAGGGAGGCGCGGAGGCUCCUCGACGGGGACGGCGACGACCACAUGAAGGCGAAGGCCACGACGCACAAGGAGGACCUGCUGGACAUCCUCAUGGACAAAGCCGAGGACAAGACGGCGGAGGUGAAGCUCACACGGGACAACAUCAAGGCCUUCAUCAUCGACGUGGUGACCGCUGGGUCGGACACGUCGGCGGCCAUGGUGGAGUGGAUGCUGGCGGAGCUGAUGAACCACCCGGAGGCGCUGCGCAAGGUGGUGGCGGAGAUCGACGCCGUGGUGGGCGGGGGCCGGAUCGCCGGCGAGGCGGACCUGCCGCAGCUGCCGUACCUGAUGGCGGCGUACAAGGAGACGCUGCGGCUGCACCCGGCGGCGCCCAUCGCGCACCGGCAGUCGUCGGAGGCGAUGGUGGUGCGCGGCUUCACCGUGCCGCCGCAGACCGCCGUGUUCAUCAACAUCUGGGCCAUCGGGCGCGACCCGGCCUCCUGGGAGGAGCCCCUGGCGUUCCGGCCGGAGCGGUUCAUGCCCGGCGGCGCCGCCGAGGGGCUGGAGCCCCGCGGGCAGCAGUUCCAGUUCAUGCCGUUUGGCAGCGGCCGCCGGGGAUGCCCCGGCAUGGGCCUGGCACUGCAGUCCGUGCCGGCCGUGCUGGCGGCGCUCGUGCAGUGCUUCGACUGGACCGCCGGUGGCGACGGCCACCAGUUGAUUGACAUGGAUGAGUCCGACGGCCUGGUGUGCGCUCGCAAGCAACCGCUCCUGCUCCGCCCCACAACUCGCCUCAACCCAUUCCCGGCCGUCGUCUGAUCGAUCUAACUUGACUUUACUCCGUAUGCAUGCCGACUGCGACGAUGUCGUCCUCUAUGGUCGUCUAUACAUACACAUCACUACCUACCGCCAUGCACGGCGUGACAGUCAUUUGUCCUUUGUCGUCGUCCUUGGUCAUCCCGUUGGUUGAUGAGCAUAUGCACGCGUCAUCAAUCAAGCUGGAAGCACACUGCGUGUUUCUUGGUGUUAUGUUAUAACUGCACCAUCAAUAAAUUGUUUGAAUUGGGAGGAAUCAUAUGCGCAAAAGAUUUGUGCAUCUUGUAUACUAUAAUCUAUACUAUAGAAGAUAAAAAAAUUGAGUUGCUUUCUCACCUG